AUGUCCAUCCUAGGGCACAAUAAACCUACAUGGCGUCGAGCUUCUCGAUUGGGCAAUGGGGCUCAGCGUCGGCUCCGCGACCGACGACCACUGCCCUGUAUCCUUGCGCCACCGGACAAGGCUCUGCUGCCGCCGGAGCUCGUCCUUUUCCUUCUCGUACUUUUCAAUGCUCGACUGGGCCACGCUCGCCGGCACACCGGACGCACCGCUGGAGAUUGUGCUUUUCGAGCCGGUGGUCGGCGUCAAGACGUCGAGCUGGCCUGUGUCGGGGUUGAUGCCUUGGACGCCGAGAAAGUCGCCGCUGGCUUUGAGGUCCUUGCGCCGGCGAUGGACCUCUCUCUUUUGCCGAAAGGGCUUGUCGUCUUCGGGGGAGAGGCGUUGGUCCCAAUGGUCGCCACGACAAGCAUCACGGGACACAAAAGGUGCAAUCGUGGACUGUGA